UUAUAUGCAUGUAAAGUAUAGGACAUAAUAAUUCCUCAUACAUGACCUACUUACUUAUUUUCCCGCCAAAUUGGAACAUUAUUCUGUGAGUUCAUCAUUCGAAACGUUUGGUACGAGGCUUUUAAUACAACUGCAUCAGGAUGUUGUCAGGCACCGAUACAUGUAUGAAUAAUGACAAUGCUGAAACUUGCAUACCGAAGAAAGAACCUAUGAAGACACAAAAACAUGAUGAAAUGCAGUACCUGGAGUUAAUUCAACACAUCAUUGAUCAUGGGUCAAAGAAAGAUGACAGAACAGGUACAGGAACCCUCUCCAUUUUUGGAGCCCAGAUGAGAUUUAGUCUACGUAACAAUGUAUUUCCUCUUCUAACAACAAAGAAAGUGUUUUGGCGUGGAGUCGCCGAGGAGCUUCUUUGGUUUGUCAGUGGUUGUACAAAUGCAAAUGAGUUGAGCAGGAAGGGAAUUCAUAUCUGGGAUGCAAAUGGCUCAAGGGAAUUUCUUGACAAACAAGGUUUGCAACACAGAGAAGUUGGUGACCUUGGUCCAGUGUAUGGAUUUCAGUGGCGUCAUUUUGGUGCCACCUAUGAUAACAUGCAUACAAACUAUGAUGGCCAAGGAGUGGAUCAGUUGGCUGAUGUGAUUGACAAGAUAAAAAAUAACCCUGACAACAGGCGGAUUAUAAUGUCAGCCUGGAAUCCUGUUGAUUUACCUAACAUGGCUCUUCCGCCAUGUCACUCAUUUGUCCAGUUCUAUGUCUGUAAUGGAGAACUUUCCUGUCAGCUUUAUCAAAGAUCUGGGGACAUGGGUCUUGGAGUACCUUUUAAUAUUGCUAGCUAUUCACUGCUGACCUACAUGAUUGCCCAUGUCUGUGGUUUGAAGCCUGGUGACUUUGUGCACACGCUGGGAGAUGCACAUGUGUACCUGAAUCACAUUGAAGCUUUGAAGAAACAGCUUAAAAGGGAGCCUCGCCCAUUUCCAACCUUAGAGAUUGCACAUGAUGUCCCAGAUAUUGACAGCUUCUCGCUUGAUAAAUUUAAGAUCACUGGAUAUGACCCACACCCAACUAUCAAAAUGCAAAUGGCUGUCUAAAGUUCAAUGCACUUGUGAAUACAUUACUCUUUAAAUUAAUCUUAAUUGGACCAUGUUUUUGUUAAAAGAAUA